AUCAUUCAAUCCGGCUCCUCAAUGCCGAAUGAUGUCCUUUCAUCCCUUUCAUUUCUUUUUUUUCGGAAAAAGAAAAGUGUUGGAGGGGUCGAGAGUUGCCUUGUGGCAUAUUGAGGCUGCAACCUUCAAUCAAGCCUUCUUUCGAUCUUGUGGUCAAAACCCUUGAAAUUCUUCUCGUGAAGCUGUAAUGAACUACUUACCUUCGCAGAAAUUGGUUACAAUAGAGGUAGAGGUAGAGGAAGGCAGCUAGUUUUGGGUAGACUUGGAGUCACACGAAGAAGGCAUUCUCCCUCUUUCGCCAGUUCAGAUCCAGAGUCUGUACAUCUCCAGCCCCUUCAGAUUGUGAGGUUUUGUAGAGGGUUUCUUCAAAUUCGGAAGGAUCUCGGGACGAUGGGGAACGAUAUUGAUAGGAAGAAAUUUGAUCAAGGUCACGAGCAAAAACAGGUUAGAGAGAACGACAAAAGAGAUUAUUAUGGUAUGGAGAUUUGGAAUGACACUCGUGAGCAAACGAUGGAUGCCUCAAACAAAGCGAUCUACGUUGAAAAAGGCGUAGAUGUGUCUUUCGGAAUCGGCAGUGUGUGCAAUUUUGCAGUUUUGCCUGUCAAUAAAGAGAGCACUCAGCUGAUUUUAUCAUCAAAAGUCUCCUCUAGAUACGCAUUUAAGACCAGGUCAUGCUCGCCGGCCUUAUCGGAUGCAUCCUCGUGUACUUUGAGAGAAAGCUCACCAGAGCCAGAAACAGGGUCGAAUCCCGUAUCAACAAAUUCCACAAUACUCGACACGCAUCCUUCUUUCAAAUCUCUCUCUAUAUCGCCCGAAACAUCUGACACGCCUGCAACCCCAGCCAAAAAGCGGUCUUUGGAGGAGAGUGAGCUGUCUUUCACGAAUCUGGAGAUCUUUAAUGCUUCAAAACGCCACAAUGGAACUCCACUCUCACCGUUUCGUGGUGCUUAUCACAUGAGUUCUAGACUUUUUCAGUCCCACAGCACUCCUCAAGCUGCUUUUCUCGGCCAGAGAAUUCCAUCAAAUAGCCUCCGUACUCACCAAUCCAAACCCCAGGCUACAUCUCCAAUUUCAGAUAAGUCCAAAGCUGCUCGCGCUGAUAACAAUACCCGUCGCCAGGAUUCAUUCAUUGCAGCCUCGAAGGAAAUCAUUAAUCUCGACGAUGAAGAAGAAUUCCCCGCUUUUCAAAUACCACCCGGAGUUGAAGUCAUUGAUCUAGACGAAUAUGAGAUAGAAAAUGAGCUUGAGGAGGAUAUCUUUGGCAUUGAGCAACAUGCUGACGCCCAAAGUAACUUUCAACGUGCUUUUCUUGCCGACAGAAAUCCUGAGAUCGUACCUCCCAAUGUAGAAAUUCCAUCAGUGGCAUGGAAAUCUAGUCUUCUCAGACCCGAGAAAACAGUAGAGCUGAAGAACGGAACUUUCCUGAAGAUCGAAACAAUCGUCAAGAACCUCGCAAGUGACGAAAUCUUGAUCAGAGGGUGGAAACUCGUGCGUACUCGAGACCGUAUGCUUAGUGGUAUUGCAGGAAAGAAGAGGAACGAACUUGCAUUUAUUCAUGAGGUGGAUAGGGACGACAAACGAGAUGUAUGGGAGCAAUCUGUACAGACGAUUCGAGUCGAUGAGGUUUUGAAGAUCCGCCGCUUGAUUUGUACUAACAGACUUCUGCCGGAUUGUAGAUACAAUAAGGAUGACAUUCCUGUGGAGGUUCGAAGUAAAGAGGAGACUGAGAUACUGAAAUAUAUAGAAGAGGAAAUGGUAUUGGUGGCCAGAAUCGUCUUUGUGGCUAGAUAUCCGAAUGCAGAAGCGAGAGUAUGGAAAGGUGCGCUCGUGGAUAGACCCAGAGAAUCGGGGAUUCUGAGAUCUCUGCAGAAGAAAGAGUGUACGGAAGGUUAUUAUAUCGAUCCGGGUGAGAAAAAGAAGGGAUGGAGGGGUGAAACGGUUUUGGGCGGUUCCGGAAACCUCGACAGCAGGAGAAAUGGAUUUAACUUGAGCUCUCAAUACACGUACGGUGAUGGAUAUUGCGGAGCAGGCGGUAUGACCCGCGGCGCUACAUCAGCCGGCCUCAAAGUGAAAUGGGGCUUCGAUUUCAAUCCACACGCCGGCGAGACAUGGCAAAAGAAUUUUCCCGAUGCAAAAUUCCAUCUUUUGCCCGUCAAUGAAUUCGCCGCUCUCCCUGAUCCGCGCAAGAAACUCUGGGUCGAUAUCCUCCAUCUGUCUCCUCCCUGUCAAGUCUUCUCGCCAAUCCACACGUGUCCGGGACGCAAUGAUGAAAUGAACUAUGCGGCUCUCUUCGGCGUGAUGGCUGCGAUUGAAAAGGCUAGACCAAGAAUCGUGACUCUAGAACAAACUUUUGGGAUCCUGCAUCCGAAACAUAAACAUGCUUUCAAUGGGCUCAUUGCCUGUUUUACGAAUCUAGGUUUCGAUGUUUCGUGGAAGGUGGUCAGGUUUCAGGGAUAUGGCACGCCGAGUCGUAGGACUAGAUUGAUUAUUCUUGCAUCUUGUCCAGGAGAGCCCCUCCCCCACAUGCCCCAAUACACCUACCACGACCCGCAGCACCUGCGCCCCUCCCAAAAACCCUACCUCACCCCCAACAAAGUCCUCUCCGCCAUCCCCGCUCACGCCCCCAACCACGAUCCCUCGAGCGAAAGACUCCACCGCGCAACCUACACCCCCUGGGACGGCAGCGUCAUCUGCCGGGCAAUCCUCACCAGCGGCGCCGGCGUCGGUCUCCCGAACGGCGCGCGCGGAAUGACGAAUCGGGAACUCGCGGCGCUGCAGGGAUUUCCGCUCAAACACGUGUUUUACGGGCUGGAAACUAAGAAACAGGUGGGUAAUGCGGUGCCGCCGAUUUUUGCAAGGAGAUUGUUGGAGAGUGUGAGGAGACAGUUGGAGAGGAGGGAUGGAUGGGUGAGGGGAGAGGGAAUUGUGCUUAGUUCUGAUGAGGAGUAAAAAUAGGAACUGGGGACUUGGAUGAGCGGGGGAAAUGGUUCGGUGUGUGUGUUCCGUGAUGCGUUCGAAGUAUAGGGGUAUAAAUAAAGUACUGAUGAGGUUAAAGUGGCAGAGAAUCACAUGCAGAAAAGAAAAUGAAGCA